AUGCUUAGUGAAUGUGAAAAUCUGCGCGCAUUCACUUUGUCUGGGGGAGUGAGAGAGGAGCAUGAAUGGAGCAAAAUGGCGGAUCAUGUGCAGGUAACCCCAGCUUUAUGUUUUUGUAGUAUAUACAUCCACAAUAAGCCUUUGAAUGAGCUGUAAUAGAUAUUUAGAUAUGUUAUUUCAUAUAUAGAGUGAAUGUAUCCCCAAAGCAUCCAUAAAGCAGUCGCCGUACAGGUUGUGUGUGAUAUGUAGAGGAUGCGGACUGCAGUGUUGACUUGUGGCCUGUCAUCGUGUAACGUUAGCUUUCGCCGUUCAGCUAGCUAACUACCUAGAGAUGCGGACAGAACAACACAUUUGUGUUUAUGAAACAGGACGGUUUCUACGGGGCGAAUGUAUCGCUUGUAGCAGCUAGCCAUCUCGUUAUUGUGUUUUAUCUCGUGCCUUUUAAGGAAGUAACGUUAAACAACACCUUCAACAGAUCUUUUCAAUGGGUAGGCCUAUCUGCUAGCUAGGAGAAGAUGGGGGAAAUGCUUGCUAGCGACAGUAACGUUAGCUAGCACUAAUUGGUUAGCAACUCUCACUACAGCCUUCGCCGUCCUGAACUAAAAUGUAUAUAAUGUGCAAAUGUCAUUGUUCGAUUAUGAUUGGCUUGCUUGAUCAGACCUCAAUGUUGUGCUAUUGGUUAGCGAACUAAUUAGCUGUUGCUAGCUUACAAUCAGCACAAGACAUUUCUCCCGCGCUAUCCCGUUCGAAAUAUCAUUGAGUUUUUACACGCUGUGAGCUGGAAUGUAGCUAGCUAGACAGCUCGUGCAUUGUUGUUAGUUGGCUACUUAAACCACACCGUGCAUAUUUUGCAACCAGAACAAUAAUGUUCCAUUGCGAAACUGACACGAAUAGCUAACUAACUCUGGCAUGGAGCAUAGCAUUAACAAAACAGCUAACAUUUACCUUGCACAACUAGCCCACUUUCCAGCCAAUUCUACAUAACUAGCUUGUAGCUGGAAUGCUGGCUGUGUAGAGCUGUCAUGUGGACGCCUUGUACCAUGGACAUUAGGUAGCACUUACAGCUGACACCUCAAGCAAUGAAUAGAUUAACUACAUUGUACAAUGUUUCCCUGUAAAUGUACAGCAUUAUACUGGCACCAGAGUUGCCAGCUUAAUACUUUAAUUUUGCUUUACAGCAGAGAUGCUGUAAAAUAUUUUACAGUACUAUUUCCCAUACUGCAAAACAUAUUACCUCAACCCUGCUGUACAUUUAGAGGGAUGCUGUAAUGUUUUACAGUAAGGAAAAUAGUACUGUGAAAUGAAUUACAGCAUCUUUGCUGUAAAGCAAAAUUACAGUUUUAAGCUGGCAACUCUGGUGAAAUUGUCCUUGAAAUCAAAAUGUAAGAUGAACAAUACAUUUGUACAUAAAAUGUAUUUAUUCUAAUUGGUAACAACAAAUUAACAGAAUUGGCAAUAGAAGUAACAACAGUUAACACAUGUAACCAAAUAAGAGCAUCAUUACAACACUAAUUGAAAAACUAUAUUGGUGAGGGAGAUGGAGUUAAAAUUGGGAUUGGGUACAAUCCUAGGUCUGUCAGGGGCAACUAUAUUUGGGGUAAGGGGGUUCAGAGGCGGUGAAACAGAACGGGAAAGUUUGGGCAGGAGAGAGAAGUCAGCGCAGCAUCAGGUGAUCCUCAUGGGGCUCCAUAACAAUCAUCCUCAGUUCUGAUUUGUCAGCUCUUCUCACCCCUAGGACAAGCAUAGAAAAAUACAUUAAUAGAAUGACAGCACUGUGGGUAUAAAGACAGGUGACAAGGGACAUAUCAAGUUGGUGUUGUGUGUGUACUUGCACCUCACUAGAGGUAUUCAUUCAAACUCAGUGAGCUCUUGGACGAAUGGGGCAAUGUAGUGGUUGAGAACAGCUGGCUUCCUCUGGGCCACCUUGUCAUGCACAUUGUCCCAUCUUCAGUGUUCAUCAUCUUGGGUUGCUUCGAACCUACAGCAUAUAUCCAAUAUAGUUUAUGAAAUCAAUUGAGGCAUUGAACAAAUAAGACGGCUAGAUACACCUGCUUCGAACCCUAGCUAACUAAUAAAACAUUGGUAUAGCCUACACCAGGGCUGUCCAACCCUGUUCCUGGAGAGCUACUCUCCUGUAGUUUUUCGCUCCAACCCCAGUUGUAACUUACUUGAUGCAGCUGAUCAACCAGCUAAUUAUUCAAAUCAGGUGCCAGAAUUUCCGUCAGAUGGUAAAUGCCUGCUUUUGGCCGAUUUAAAAAUAAAUAAAUGAAAAGUCGAUAAAAUUGUUGCCGGCCAAAUUGUCUGGCAGAUGGAAAUACCAGUUGAUGUGCUCCAAAAUUGGCGAAGAUUUUGUUGAUUAUCCCUGUUUCCAGUGUACCUGCUGAGAGGGGUUUCUUUCUCCAAAACAGAGUAAAGACCAGAGUCAAGAUCGCGCCUUAUUGAGGACAAAGUAAAGAGGCUGCAAGCUGCUCCAAGGAGUUGGACAGUUUUGACUUCCCAACAGCAGCGAUGCACUUUGACCAAGCCAAGGUCUGCCGCAAAUGCAAGUAAAUUAGAGGCAAAUUAUUGUGUUCGUCAGGCCCGGUCCUAGCAGGUCUGCUGCUGCCCUAGGCAAGAUCAGCAUAUGUUGCCCCCGUGUCAUGUAUAAAUAUUUGGAAUGGAUUGAUAGAGUCGAGUAAUGAUGUGUAUCGUGUGCAAUUGGUUAAUUUCAGUUGCGCUUAUUCAGUAGCACUUGGAAACGAAACAUCGUUGCCAACUAUUCACAUCGGAGAGUUACAAUGUUGCAAUCACUAGGCAGCCAACUGCCUAUAGUAGGAAACAGAGUUAUCAAUAUGCCACGUAUAUCACACAUUACACGAGUCAAGACCCCAGGAUAGUUCAAAUUACAAUAAACAUAACAUUUAUUAACAUCACUCAGUAGAAGUGUAAAAAGAGUGAGAUAUCAUUGGAGCAUUGGAGACAAGUGCUUUCAUAAAUACAUGGCUCUGGCUGUUUCACAGGAGCAUUGUACAAUAAGCUUUCUCUCAAUGAACCAGCCUUAACUACAUUUGUUUAUUUACAUAUCUAAUUUGAUUGUCCAACCUCAGUUUUAUAAUUUCUUCAUUUUGUGGCUGUCUAGAGUGGCCUCCUUCCACUGCUGUGGUGCUGAAUCGCAGCGGGAGUGGGGCGGGCCGGCCCAGAUGUUCUUAGACAGCCAUGUUUUGUUAUUUAUUAGGCCUAAUUAAAAUGUUCAGGCCUAGACUAAAUUAAAUUGGAGAGGACUAGAUUGUAUUUUAAAACAUCUGUGUUUUGUUCAUACAAAUAGCCUAUAGGACAGGUCGUUUGCAAAUUAUAUUUUACAGAUAUUAUAUUUGGACAUUGUUUUAUUACUGUGUAGGCAACUUGUUCUUCUAGGCUAAAGGUUUUUCUUUCAAUUAUAUUCGUUUAUGAUUUAUAGUAGGGAUGAAGAUGCAACUGGCAAUGUUUUGCUUUUCAAUCAAACCUGUCAUGUUAGUAUACUUUAUUUUAUCAAAACUUAACAGGUUAAUUUAUAUUCUGUUAAGAUGAAUUACAAUAAUCUAAAUGUGAUUUUGAGCACUGAGUGGACGCCCUAAGGCGUUACGCACCCAAUGCAUAUGGAUGUCCGGUAAAUUUCUCAAGUGUCUGGUCAAUUUAAAUCUUGCCGGUCACGUUGUCCGGCGCCAAAUUUUCCUAAGGGAACCCUGUCAGGUGCGCUAGAUUAGGGUUGGAAUGAAAACCUAUAGGACGGUAGCUCUCCGGGAACAGGGUUGGAGAGCCCUGGCCUACACAAUGCCACUGAUUAUUUUACCAGAUUCACAACCUUUUCCUUUCUUUCUGUGCCACCAAAUGUUUACGUACUACUGGUAAAGUGAACAGGUUUAGCUAAUACUGUAACAUUAUGGAACAAUGUUUAAAUUAACAACGUUGUUGUUGCCGUUCAUGCUCUCCCCAUUGAGUAGACUAUAUCAAGGUGACAUCUAGAUGGCUACCAAUAUGAGUUAUUUAUUGUUUAAGCUGCUAUCCUACUUGAAAUAUAAUCCUGGAAGAAUAAAAAAAAAUCCCAUGUUAACUACAGCCGGCGACACUGUGAUGGGCUACAGCUGCCCAGGGUCGUGAGUACGUCAAUCCGAAAAACCUGUUGUGCCGGUAAUAUGGGUCAUAUCUUUUGAACUGCUAGAAACAAGGACAUUUCUCUAUACUAAUGGCGAAAACAUUAUCUGCACUCGUGUGUAUUCUCUAUUGCACUCAGAAGCUGUUGUACAGCGAAGCCUAUCAUCAUCACAACAAUUAUUAUCUGGGUGAUGUUUUUCUAGGUUGCUCAGCAAGAUAUUGACGAGCAAUUUAGAGCAGACCGAAAUGGCUUGUGGCAACGUUAGCCAGCUAGCUAGCUUGGUUAGCUAAGAAAACAUGCAGUAAUUGAAAGUCGGCUAGCAAUAAAGAUACUUAUAAACAAGUCAAUCUAGCAGCUGCUGAAAAUAUUAUUCCACUUCACAGCCACUUCAAAAAGAUAUUUACUAAAAAUGUCUUACCCGACAGCAUGAGAUUGUCACCUGAAACUGAACAUUUGAAUCUACAGUAGGCAUAAGUUAUUACUAAAAAGAAAUACAGCAUGUUAGAGUAAUUUUUACCAGAGGCUUCCAAUUAGUUAAUAACAGUAUUUUUCAUAAUUUUACCCAUUAUGCAGUCAGUGUUUAAUACUGUAAAACACAUUUACUGUAUUUUACUGUGCAUUCUACAGUGUUUCUGUUGAAAUUACAGAAAAGUCUUACAGUUUAUAUCUGCCUCAAGCUCUCCAUAGCUACUCUUUGGGUUUAUAGUAACCUCAAGCUGUCGGUGACUACUUAACUUAGCCAGCUACACUGCUGAUGCAACAGAGUACCUGGCUAAUUAUUUUGUUGCUAGCUAAGUCGGGCAGUUUAUUAUGUAGCUACCUAUGUGUUGAUUAAAUUGUCAUCACCCCUCCAAUGUUGUUAAUUCUGUACAUAGAAAUACACUAUUUAGAGAUCUGUGGUGUCAGUAUUUAGGUAACUUUAGCUUAGCAGGCUCGUGAGAUACCCGGAUAGAUAGCUUAUCAAUAAUUACUACAGAUGCAUUCGCACUGAGGGAUGCACUUGCUGGUCAUGAUGCCUGACCGUGUGAUGUAACUGUCUCUUAUUGCAAAGUCAUCAUGCACAGCACAGCACGACACACAAACACACACGUGGCACGCUCUAGACACGCACAUUCUAUUUUGGCCUGCCCAGAACAUUAGAUCUUGACAGGGUUCUCAGGAACCUGUAUGACUUCAUGAUCUAGCUAGCCCACAUCCUUAGCCAGCUAUGUACUACACAGCAUCAGGACUGUGUAGUCGUAGGAGCAAUAUUAGUAGGUGUGUGCGCACUGUGUGUGUCAGCAGCAGCAGUGUUGGGGUAUUGAGCUCUUAUCUAUGUGUAGCAGUCCUCUUCUCCCAAGCCAUGUGGCACCCACCCUGUCUAUACUAGUACAUCCUUUACUAUAUCAGUAGCUAGCAUCAGACUAGCUCCGGGAUUCUGCAGAAUCUGCUCAAUGUUACUGGUGGAUUUAGUGUCAGGUAGGUGGAUGGAUUUAGUUAGUAUGUUAGUUAGUGUGGGUCAAUGGUUAGUUAACUAUCUGGUGUCUGCCCCACCCAGCCCCUAUAACCACUACUAUGUCUGUCUGGUGUCUAGCCCCUGUGUUUCUAUCUAACGAGGGGCACGUUCAAUAGGGCGCUACUGAAUGUUUAUUUUGGUCAACUUUCUCCUCAUUGUAAAAAUGAGAGCGAGGCAUGUCUGUUGUGUGGAAUAGGCUGCAGUCUGUCUUAUUUCUGUCUGAACGUUCUACAUCGUUGUGCCGUACUGAACACAGCCCAAUACACCUGUCGACACCUAUACACCUGUCUCCUGGCUGUUGACAUGGGACGUUGUUGGUGCUCUACUCACUUCAUGUCUCUCUCUCCCCUGUGUGUGUGUGAGUAGAGCCUAGCCCAGCUAGAGAUCCUGUGUAAGCAGCUGUACGAGACAACAGAGACGGGGGUGAGGCUGCAGGCAGAGAAAGCUCUGGUGGAGUUCACUAACAGCCCCGACUGUCUCAGCAAGUGUCAGCUACUAUUGGAGAGAGGCAGCGUGAGUAGUACACACACUGACGCUAUAUCAAUAAACUGUUGAUAUUUACAUGAUUACUUGAUGGAAAAAAAGCUUAGCUGAUGUUGCGGUGUCUCCUUCUGUCUAUGCCUGUAUUCCCAUAUUCCCCUCUCUCUCUCGCUCUCUCUCUCUAGUCUUCCUACUCUCAGCUCCUUGCAGCUACCUGUCUGUCUAAACUGGUAUCGCGCACCAGCAACCCUCUUCCCUUAGAGCAGCGCAUCGACAUCCGUAAGACUCAGUCGCACACAUUGCAGCAGUCUAUAUUCAUGCUCAACAAGUCAGUUCAUAAGGCUCAUAUCUGUGUGUGUGUGCGUACAGGGAACUAUGUGCUGAACUAUCUGGCGACGCGGCCGAAGUUGGCAGAGUUUGUUACCCAGGCUCUGAUCCAGCUGUACUCCAGGUAAACCUCUCUCCGCUCCCCUCUCGUCCUCUCUUCUCCUCAUCUCUCUCUCCUCCAUGUGAGUUAUUCUCUCCUUGUGUUUGUCUCCUCCAGGAUCACCAAGCUUGGCUGGUUCGACUGUCAGAAAGACGACUAUGUCUUCAGAAACGUCAUCGCAGACGUCACACGCUUCCUACAGGUACAGACGUGUGUGUCUGUGUUGCCAAUAGAAUGUGUUUUAGCCAAUAGAAUGAGUUUUCUUGAAGUAGGUAGUAGUGAGCUGAUCGAAUCUGCCUGUCUCUCUAUCUGUCAGCAGGACAGUGUAGAACACUGCAUCAUAGGAGUCACCAUCCUAUCCCAACUGACCAACGAGAUCAACCAGGUACACUACCUCUCCUCCCUCUACUCCACAUCUCUCUCCUCUUAUUUCCCCUUCUCUCCUCUAAUCUAAAAUGGUGGUGGUGUUGUGUGUGUGUGAGUAAAAUCUGUGUUUGUUGUGUGUACAGGCAGACACCAGCCACCCUCUGACCAAACACAGGAAGAUUGCUUCAUCGUUCAGAGACUCGUCCCUCUUCGACAUAUUCACCCUGUCCUGCAAUCUCCUCAAACAGGUGUGUGUGUUUAGUGGUGGUGGUAGGAGCAGUAGUCUUAGUAGCAGCAGCAGCCUGUGUGUGUGUGAGAGAGAUUGUAUUAACGUGUUGACAUACCUAUUGACAUCCAUUUCCAGUCGUUCUUGGGAACUAAACGUGUGUGUGUCUAGGCGUCGGGUAAGAACCUGAACCUGAAUGAUGAGAGUCAGCAUGGUCUGCUGAUGCAGCUGCUGAAGCUCAGUCACAACUGUCUGAACUAUGACUUCAUCGGAACGUCCACAGACGAGUCCUCUGAUGACCUCUGCACUGUUCAGAUCCCCACCUCCUGGAGAUCAGGUAACGCGUUCUCCCAUUUCUGUAAAAUAGCAGUACGGUGCCACCCAUUACUGUGUAGUAAGCUAAUCUGUCUGUCUCUUUCUCUCACAGCGUUUUUGGAUUCUUCCACGCUCCAGCUCUUUUUUGAUUUGUAUCAUUCCAUCCCUCCCUCCCUCUCCCCGUUGGUGAGUUAAGCUGAAUGUGUGUGUGUGUCUAGUAUGUUCACUUCAGUACAGAAUGGGUGUAGUGUUUAAUGGUGUGUGUGUGUAGGUGUUGUCGUGUCUAGUCCAGAUAGCGUCAGUGAGGAGGUCUCUGUUCAACAACGCAGAGCGAGCCAAGUUCCUCUCUCACCUGGUGGACGGAGUCAAGAGGAUACUAGAGAACCCACAGGUAUUACACACACACUAUUGCAUGUUACAUGACCCUGUGCUGUGUCAAAUGAUGUUCUCCCUUUUUCUUGCUGAACCAUAUCUCUAUGAUACCACAUCAUGUGCCGCAACCAACAAUGCUGUGCUUGUGUGUUCCAGAGCCUCUCAGACCCUAACAACUACCAUGAGUUUUGUCGUCUGUUGGCGCGACUGAAGAGUAACUACCAGCUAGGAGAGCUGGUCAAAGUAGAAAACUACCCAGAAGUCAUCAGGCUUAUAGCCAACUUUACUGUCACCAGUCUACAGGUACUGUGUGUGUGCGCACUCACCCCGAGCUCAUAUGCCUUAGUCAUGUCACUUGUGUGUGGGGUGGGAUGGUAUGUUAGAUGCAAGCGUUAAUGUUCUGCCGAAAACCUUUUCCUCCUUACUGAUAUAUCAGAAAAAGAUUGUCAUUGUUGUAUGUUAACCUUUUACAUUGUGUGUGUUCCAGCACUGGGAGUUUGCCCCUAACUCUGUCCACUACCUGUUGAGCCUGUGGCAGCGCCUGGCAGCGUCGGUCCCUUAUGUUAAAGCCACCGAGCCUCACCUCCUAGAGACAUACACACCUGAAGUCACCAAGGCCUACAUCACCUCACGCCUCGAGUCUGUCUGCAUCAUCCUCAGGUAACUCUCUCUCACUCUAACACUCUCACACUCACAGGUCAAAUUGUGGAACUUUGAAACCAUUUUCACGUGUUUGGGUGUAGGGAUGGGCUUGAGGACCCUCUAGAUGACGCAGGGUUAGUCCAGCAGCAGUUAGACCAGCUCUCUACAAUCGGUCGCUGUGAAUACGAGAAGACCUGUGCCCUAUUGGUCCAGCUCUUCGACCAAUCAGCACAGACCUACCAGGAACUACUGCAGUCUACCAACUCUAGUACCAUCGACAUCACUGUCCAGGAGGGUGAGUCUCGCUGUCUCUCUAUCAAUCAAUCAAAGAAAUAUGUGAAAAUAUAGCGCUUUUAACAAACAUUUUUUUGUUACCACGCAGGUUGCUAUUGUUGCUGUAUAUAUUUAUAUUUCUACAGGAAGGUUAACAUGGUUGGUGUAUAUAAUCGGGGCGGUCAUUGGAGGAAGAGUGUCCUUCGCCUCCACAGAUGAACAAGAUGCCAUGGACGGAGAACUAGUCUGUCGGUACGUCCACACACAAGUAACCUCACCCUAACCAAUACCGCCACCUAUAUAUCCUAUUGUAAAUAUACCUCCGGAUUAGGGCUGACCCCAUUUAGUCGAUUGGUCGAUAGGCUGUAAAAAAUAUUGGUGCAACACUAAUAAAUCAAAUAUUAUUUUAUAACAAGUGCGCUUUCUCCCGCGUUGGAUACGGUCGCUGUCCGCGGUCUGAAAAAUAAUAUUCGGUGCGCCGUAGAAUUGUUGCCUUUCCCUAUGUUGCUAUGUGCAUAAUUAAAAAGUUAACCAGCAUAUUGGGAUUGAGAACAAUGCGGCGGAGGCAGCAGCAGCAGAGAUGGGGAAACAGCCCUUCCCUUAACCUAAUUGUCUAAGAAAAUUGAGGAGAGAGGAAGCCCCAAUGUAAUUAGGCCUAAAAUCAAUAGCCUAACUGUUAAAUGUGGCUGGCUUUAUAAAUCAUCCAUAUACAGUACCAGUCAAGUUUGGACACACCUACUCAUUCGUCCACAGGGUAUGGCAUGGCGUUGCAAAAUGGAGUGAUAGCUUCCUUCUUCAAGAUCCCUUUUACCCUGUAAAAAUCUCCCACUUUACCACCACCAAAGCACCCCCAGACCAUCACAUUGCCUCCACCAUGCUUGACAGAUGGCAUCAAGCACUCCUCCAGCAUCUUUUCAUUUGGUCUGCGUCUCACAAAUGUUCUUCUUUGUGAUCCGAACAUGUUGAUGUUAUUUUAAUGGACAAAAACAUUGCUUUUCUUUCGAAAACAAGGACAUUUCUAAGUGACCCCAAACUUUUGAACGGUAGUAUAUACACUACCAGUUCAAAGUUUUAGAACACCUACUCAUUCAAAGGUUUUUCUUUAUUUUUACUAUUUUCUACAUUGUAGAAUAAUAGUGAAGACAUCAAAACUAUGAAAUAACACAUGGAAUCAUGUAGUAACCAAAAAAGUGUUAAACAAAUCAAAAUAGAUUUGAGGUUCUUCAAAUAGCCACCCUUUGCCUUGAUGACAGAUUUGCACACUCUUGGCAUUCUCUCAACCAGCUUCACCUGGAAUGCUUUUCCAACAGUCUUGAAGGAGUUCCCACAUUUGUUGGCUGCUUUUCCUUCACUCUGCCGUCCGACUCAUCCCAAACCAUCUCAAUUGGGUUGAGGUCGGGGGAUUGUGGAGGCCAGGUCAUCUGAUGCAGCAGUCCAUCAUUCUCCUUCUUGGUAAAAUAGCCCUUACACAGCCUUGUUGCAGAAUGCUGUGGUAGCCAUGCUGGUUAAGUGUGCCUUGAAUUCUAAAUAAAUCACAGACCGUGUCACCAGCAAAGCACCCCCGCACCAUAAUACCUCAUCCUCCAUGCUUUACGGUGGGAAAUACACAUGCAGAGAUUAGCCGUUCACCCACACCACGUCUCACAAAGACACGGCAGUUCAAACCAAAAAUCUCCAAUUUGGACUCCAGACCAAAGGACACAUUUCCACCGGUCUAAUGUCCAUUGCUCGUGUUUCUUGGCCCAAGCAGGUCUCUUCUUCUUAUUGGUGUCCUUUAGUAGUUGUUUCUUUGCAGAAAUUCGACCAUGAAGGCCUGAUUCACACAGUUCCCUCUGAACAGUUGAUGUUGAGAUGUGUCUGUUACCUGAACUUUGCGAAGCAUUUAUUUUGGCUGCAAUUUCUGAGGCUGGUAACUCUAUUGAACUUAUCCUCUGCAUGAGAGAUAAUUCUGGGUCUCCCAUUCCUGUGGUGGUCCUCAUGAGAGACAGUUUCAUCAUACUGCUUGAUGGUGUUUUUGCGACUGCACUUGAAGAAACGUUCAAAGUUCUUGAAAUGUUACGUAUUGACUUUUACGUAUCAAGUAAUGAUGGACUGUCGUUUCUCUUUGCUUAUUUGAGCUGUUCUUGCCAUAAUAUGGACUUGGUCUUUUACCAAAUAGGGCUAUCUUCUGUAUACCCCCCCUACCUUUUCACAACACAACUGAUUGGCUCAGUUUAAGAAGGAAAUAAAUUCCACAAAUUAACUUUUAAGAAGGCACACCUGUUAAUUGAAAUGCAUUCCAGGUGACUACCUCAUGAAGCUGGUUGAGAGAAUGCCAAGAGUGUGCAAAGCUGUCCUCAAGGCAAAGGGUGGCUAUUUGAAGAAUCUCAAAUAUAAAAUCUAUUUUGAUUUGUUUAACACUUUUUUGGUUACUACAUGAUUCCAUGUGUGUUAUUUCAUAGUUUUGAUGUCUUCACUAUUAUAACCAAUUUAUUGAUCUGAUUAUGAUAGCCUAUUGGUCACAUGCAUGCGAUGCUUACAUAUUUCACGUAAAGAGAGCAAGGGUUGAGGGAAUAGGGAAUGUUCUUCCUAAACAAAAGAGGGAUUUCAGUCAGAAACAAGUAAGAAACUAAAUGGCUGAAAUUAUGUUGCAGCUUCAGCAUGGACAGCGCAAUAAACACUUGCUGUGCUGUGGUGCCUUUUCACUGCAGUAGGGAGGAGAGCGAGACACCGUGCGCCAGUCACAUAGGCACUCGCAUUUCUUUUAACACGGUGUGACCAUCGGGCUCUUUCUUGAGUCAUUUGUGUCUUAUUUAAUCAAACAGUGUGCUUAAAGCAUCAGACAAGCUCAGUGCAUAUGUAUUUGAUUUUAUUCAAACAUAUAGGGUGUGUCUGUCAAUAUAUGGGAAAAAUAAGUUUAAAUGUUUCGACCAAUUGGUUGGUCGAAAGAACAGGGCAGCUCUCGGUCGGCCAAUAUUUGUUGUUGUUGUGGGGGACAGCCCUACUACCGAUGUUGCAGCAGAUGAAUCAAUCACAGUGUGUGUGUUGUCUCAGGGUGCUCCAGUUGAUGAACCUAACGGACUCGCGGCUGGCCCAGGCAGGUAACGAGCGGUUGGAGUUGGCCAUGCUCAGCUUCUUCGAACAGUUCAGGAAAAUCUACAUCGGAGAUCAGGUGCAAAAGUCCUCCAAGGUAAAUACUUUUACUGUUACCGCGCACACACACACACUGUUAUGCUUCAGACCUCAAACGUGAUCUAAUGUUGAGAUGAUCCACAGCAGUACUGUGUCUAGGACAAUGUCCCCCGCCGGGGACAAUACUAGGCUUGAGCGGCAUACCGCAUGUACCGUAUACCAGGAUAUUUGUUUUUUCAAUACCGUCAAAACUAUUUAUUUGCAGUUUUUCAAUACAUUUGAAUAUUUGUAGCUACUUUUUAAGUUAAUACCUGCAGUCAACUUGUGCAAUACGUUAGGAGAUAAAUCAGAUUGCUUUCUUCAUUUCACCUGUCACAUUAUUUUACAUUGUGAAGCUUUACCGUAGUUCCCCAGAACAGUUGAGCCAGUCACGUGUUUGUUUGUAAAUAGCACAAUGGGAGAAAGCGAGCUGGUGUCCGUAGUGUUCUAUAUCUAUCUAUAUCUCUUCAGAAAAGCAUGCAUCACAACUUUGUUCAUUUGCACAAUUUCUCUCAUUCACCUUCGCUUGUCAAUGUCCACACUCACCGAAAAUGACAUUCGGUAGCUAUAAUUGUAUAACUUUAUGAGCUGUAUUUGCCUGUCAUUGCAAUUAGUUUAUUUUCGUUUUCACUUGUUAGCAUUUAGUUAACAGCGUCUGUGGUUUCGCUAUUCGUUUGUGCUAAUGUUGUUAGCAUUCUGGUAAUAGAUGCCCAAUGGGCUUUUCUUGCGUUCUUUGCGCCCCCUUGUGUGCUAUGACGAUAUGAAAAUCUGGACACCGCCCAAGCCUCGACAAUACAGUUUAUCCAAUCCUAUUAAAUGUUUGACUAACUCUGUUUAAUCUCUCCCUCCCUCCCUCCCUCCCUCCCUCCCUCCCUCCCUCCCUCUCUUAGACUAGUGAGAGUUAUGUGUUAAAUUUGAACUAGCAGCUCUUUUGUCCAAGGCUGCAUUGUCUGUGGGUGUGUUAGUGCAGAAACAGCCUUUCUGCAAUACAACUUGGGCUGACUGACUGACUGUUUUUUCUUUGUGCUGGGCAGAGGCUGCAAAAUGUGAACAGCCCAGAUAAGUGGCAUCAGUAGAGCGAGCAGCCCCCCCUUACAUGUCUGUUUGGUGUUAUAGUAAUCCUCCCUUACCCCUUCCUAGUGACAUGGUCAGUGUUACUGUUAACAUGGCUAGCCAGAACGGUCCCAAUGGAAGUGGGGUGGAGUUCUAGAAUAAUUCAUAUGAUGAGAGCUCUGGAAUAUCUUGAUAUUUCAGGGUGUGUAUGUGUGAGAUGGACCAUAUGAGUCUGAACUGUCAGAAUAAAGAACAAUCCAGACCAGCAGGUGAUACAUACCCCUCUCUAUGACACCCCUCACUCUAACCCGCCCGCUACUUAGGCAAACCACCUUCAGCUCUGCUCAACUUAACUCUACUACCACACACACACACACACUCUUGAGUUCACACACUCUCUACCUCACAUUUUAAUUUGACAUUUUAGUCAUUUAGCAGACGCUCUUAUCCAGAGCUACUUACAGUUAGUGAUUUCAUCUUAAGAUAGCUAAGUUGGACAACCACAUACAGUGCAUUCGGAAAGUAUUCAGAACCCUUCCCUUUAUCCACAUUUUGUUACGUUACAGCCUUAUUCUAAAAUGGAUUAAAUAAAAACAUUUCCUCAUCAAUCUACACACAAUACCCCAUAAUGACAAAACAGAAAUACAUUAUUUACAUAAGUAUUCAGACCCUUUGCUAUGUGAUUUGAAAUUGAGCUCAGGUGCAUCCUGUUUCCAUUGCUCAUCCUUGAGAUGUUUCUACAACUUGAUUGUUUCUACAACUUGAUUGGUAAAUUCAAUUGAUUGGACAUGAUUUGGAAAGGCACACCUGUCUAUAUAAGGUCCCACAAUUGACAGUACAUGUCAGAGCAAAAACCAAGCCAUGAGGUCAAAGGAAUUGUCUGUAGAGCUCCGAGACAGGAUUGUGUUGAGGCACAGAUCUGGGGAAGGGUACCAACAAAUGUCUGCAGCAUUGAAGGUCCCCAAAAACACUGUGGAGGAAGUUUGGAACCACCAAGACUCUUCCAAGAGCUGGCCGCCCGGCUAAACUGAGCAAUCGGGGGAGAAGGGCCUUGGUCAAGGAGGUGACCAAGAACCCGAUGGUCACUCUGACAGAGCAGAGUUCCUCUGUGGAAAUGGGAGAACCUUCCAGAAGGACAACCAUCACUGCAGCACUCCACCAAUCAGGCCUUUAUGGUAGCGUGGCCAGUAAAAGGCACAUGACAGCCCGUUUGGAGUUUGCCAAAAGGCACCUAAAGGACUCUCAGACCAUGAGAAACAAGAUUCUCUGGUCUGUUGAAACCAAGAUUGAACUCUUUGGCCUGAAUGCCACGCGUCACAUCUGGAGGAAACCUGGCACCAUCCCUACGGUGAAGCAUGGUGGUGGCAGCAUCAUGCUGUGGGGAUGUUUUUCAGCGGCAGGGACUGGGAGACUAGUCAGGAUCGAGGGAAAGAUGAACGAAGCAAAGUACAGAGAGAUCCUUGAUGAAAACCUGCUCCAGAUCACUCAGGACCUCAGACUGGGGCGAAGGUUCACCUUCCAACAGGACAACAACCCUAAGCACAGAGCCAAGACAACGCAGGAGUGGUUUCGGGACAAGUCUCUAAAUGUCCUUGAGUGGCCCAGCCAGAGCCCAGACUUGAACCCGAUCGAACAUCUCUGGAGAGACCGGAAAAUAGCUGUGCAGUGACGCUCCCCAUCCAACCUGACAGAGCAUGUGAGGAUCUGCAGAGAAGAAUGGGAGAAACACCCCAAAUACAGGUGUGCCAAGCUUGUAGCGUCAUACCCAAGAAGACUCGAGGCAGUAAACGCUUUCAAAGGUGCUUCAACAAAGUACUCAGGAAAUGGUCUGAUUUAGUUAUGUAAAUGUGAUAUUUCUGUUUUUUCUUUUAUAUACAUUAGCAAAAAUGUCUAAACUUGUUUUUGCUUUGUCAUUAUGGGGUAUUGUGUGUAGAUUGAGGGGGGAAAACAAUUUAAUCAAUUUUAUAAUAAGGCUGUAAUGUAACAAAAAAAUCUAAGUACAUUUUCCUAAAUAAAGUAGCUAUCAGCAAAGUCAGAGCUAGUAAGGGGGAAAAAAAGUCAAGUGCGUGUGUUAGUUCACAAAGGCAUUUUCUCACCUCUACCUCACACACUAAUAGACCUCAGAGCUGUGGUGGAAUGUACGGCCAUGCUGGGGAGAUGAGAGCAGAGCUGAUGGGUGCGUGUGUUUCCGUCUUUAACCCUGUGGAGAUGUAUGGCUGGUGUCACGCUGCUAGCAGAUGAUUAUAUCAUAGUUCUCUCCUACUUUAGCUGUGUAGCUGCUCUCUCUCCAGGGGGAUGUUCCAAUGGUUAAUGAUGUGUGUCUGUGUGUGUCCCAGCUGUACCGGCGGCUGUCAGAGGUUCUGGGGCUGAAUGAUGAGACAAUGGUACUCAGCGUCUUCAUCGGAAAAAUGUGAGUUUACUGCGGUAUUGUUACUAGUACUGGUACUAUGAAGUAACGACUGAUUGAUUGAUUACCAUUUGUGAUUGCAGCAUCACCAAUCUGAAGUACUGGGGCCAGUGUGAACCGAUCACCUCCAAGACACUUCAGUUACUCAACGACCUCUCCAUAGGAUAUCCUUUACCGUGUGUGUGAAGGGGGGGGGGGGGGGGUUUGGUAUUCUGUUAUAUUCCAGCUCCUGUGUUGUCUCCUUGACUGUGUGUGUGUACAUACAGCAGUGUGAGGAAGUUGGUGAAACUCAGCGCUGUUCAGUUCAUGCUGAACAACCACACAGUAAGAACCCUGACCUUUGAUCCCUAACCCUAACCGCCUGAAACUCAAUUUAUGCUUCUUGAUCCAGUUAUUUUCCCGUAAUGCCCUUUGCUUUUCUCCUAUGUCAGAGCGAGCACUUCUCCUUCCUGGGCGUGAACAACCAAUCAAACCUCAGCGACAUGAGAUGCCGCACCACAUUCUACACCGCACUGGGACGUCUGCUGAUGGUCGACCUAGGUAGACACACACACACCUAUCUACACAAUUAUCAGUGAUUUUAUUUUCUUAUUUGGAUAAUUACAAACUUUCAUUCUUUUACCUUUUCAUGUGUGUGUAGGUGAGGAUGAGGACCAGUUUGAACAGUUCAUGCUGCCCCUGACGGCGGCAUUUGAAGCGGUAGCUCAGAUGUUCAGCACCAACACGUUCAACGAGCAGGAGGCCAAGAGGACGUUGGUGGGGCUGGUCAGAGACCUGAGAGGAAUCGCAUUUGCCUUCAACGCCAAGACCAGCUUCAUGAUGCUCUUCGACUGGAUGUAUCCUUCACCUCUGGAUGACCCCAGACCUCUAUACACUCUCAAUCCUGUCCUUUAACCUGACCUUUACUGACCAGGAUUUAGGAGGUUGCAAGGUAACAGAAUGUUAGGAAUGCAUUGUCUAGAAGAGAUAUGACUGUCUGUCGUAGAAUAGGGAAUCACUGUACCAUCACUGUAGCAGAAGAGUUGUGAUUGGCAAAGUGUUGUCCUUUACUAGAAGCAGGGAGUGUCAUUGGUCGACAGUGUUGUCCUUAACCCCUCCCCCAGCUACCCAGCCUACAUGCCCAUUCUGCAGAGAGCCAUAGAACUCUGGUACCACGUACCAGCAUGCACCACUCCUGUCCUAAAGCUCAUGGCUGAGCUCGUCCACAACAGGUACAUGAACAUGCACACACCUCUAACCUGAUUGUCCGACCAAGUGCCUCCCCAAUUUCCGAGGGGGAAAAAAUUACGGGAACUAGAACAAAUAUAUACAAUUUCUAUGUUGGACUAAUGCAGAAAUCAAAAUGUGCAAUGCUACCAGUACCCUGACACUUCUCCCUCGACCUCUAACCGCUGACCUCUAACCCUGUGCAGGGAUUAAAGCUGGAAACCUUAAUGGUGAAACUGGCAUGUCCGUUUGUCAUAUCACAAUGAAGUUACUGCAAACAACGAACAGUUUCUUCCCCUCUGACAUCAUUGCAUGCGUGAUAGAACAGCAGUAUAUGUACUGCACAUUUUUUUAUAACAAUGCGCAACUCUCCCCAACUCUGCUUUGUCAACAAAACAAAAAUGAUAACAGCCGUAAGGGAGGGGGGAGGGGGGAGGGGGGAGGGGGGGGGGGGGGUGAAUUGGCACUGCUUUCCCAAACUGCGGAUUUCAUCUUUAACGCCGGUUUCCUGACCAAGCUCCUUUCCCGAUUCCUGCAUUUUUUAAAAUAGGAACUCUGGAACAAUAAUAUCGAUUUUCUAGAGUUAGAAAAGUGUAUUAUGUCACACUAAUGCAAAAAUACAAAAUGUGCAACGCUAGAAGCCUACCUUUAUUUAGGAUACUCAACACAAAGUCCCCAAUAGAAAGAGUCUACAUGGCUUCUAUAACUUCUAUGUACUGCUACAUGCGACCUCUCGACGCAGUCACGGUAGAUAAUUCCCAUCCCAAAUUGCUCCUCUACAGUUUGUUCAUUCAAAGUACUCCCAAACUUCAGCUGUGUUGCACUACAGAGGCUCGAAAAUAGAAACUGCAGUUGCUCACUGCUAACAAAAUGCCUAAUGCAUUGUGUCUGCAAAAGUUCUCAAGAAAAUAGACAUUCACAAAAUGUUUCCAUGUCCAUGUUACACUAACACAAGCGAUAGCACUGGCUUGACUAUAAGGUCAGAUUCACUGGGAAUUGAUCGACAGCUGUCCAUGGUGCUGAUUUUAUGCUAUUGGUACUAUUUGACACUUUGCUUGUCUGUCACAGGGAACAUGCACUACAUUAACUUCUCAUUCCAAAAUCAUGGGCAUUAAUAUGGAGUUGGUCCCCCCCCCCCCCCCCUAUGCUGCUAUAACAGCCUCCACUCUUCUGGGAAGGCUUUAAACUAGAUGUCAGCCACAAGCAUUAGUGAGGUCGGGCACUGAUGUUGGCCGAUUAGGCCUGGCUCGCAGUCGGUGUUCUAAUUAAUCCCAAAGGUGUUCGAUGGGGUUGAGGUCAGGGCUCUGUGCAGUCCGGUCAAGUUCUCGACAAACCAUUUCUGUAUGGACCUCGCUUUGUGCACGGGGGCAUUAUCAUUCUGAAACAGGAACGGGCCGUCCCAACUUUGUGGCAACUGUAUGGGAAGCACAGAAUCAUCUAGAAUGACAUUGUAUGCUGUGGCAUUAAGAUUUCCCUUCACUGGAACUAAGGGACCUAUCCUGAACCAUGAAAAACCCCAGACCAUUAUUCCUCCUCCAUCAACCUUACAGUUGGCACUAUGCAUUAGGGCAGGUAGCAUUCUCCUGGCAUCCGCCAAACCCAGAUUUGUCAGUCGGACUGCCAGAUGGUGAAGCGUGAUUCAUCACUCCAGACAACGCAUUUCCACUGCUUCAGAGUCCAAUGGUGGCGAGCUUUACACCAUUCUAGCCGACGCUUGGCAUUGCGCAUGGUGAUCUUAGGCUUGUGUGCGGCUUCUCGGCCAUGGAAACACAUUUUGUGAACCUCCCGACAAACAGUUAUUGUGCCGACGUUGCUUCCAGAGGCAGUUUGGAACUCUGCAGUGAGUGUUGCAACCGAGGACAGAUGAUUUUCACGUGCUACGUGCUUCAGCGAUCCCAUUCUGUGAGCUUGUGGGGCCUACCACUUUGCGGCUGAGCCGUUGUUGCUCCUAGAUGUUUCCACUUCACAAUAAAAGCACUUACAGUUGAGUGGGGCAGCUCUUGCAGGGCAGAGAUUUGAUAAACUGACUUGUUGGAAAGGUGGCAUCCUAUGAUGGUGCCACGUUGAAAGUCACUGAGCUCUUCAGUAAGGCCAUUCUACACCUGUCAGCAACGGGUGUGGCUGAAAUGGCUGAAUCCGCUCAUUUGAAGGGGUGUCCACAUACGUGUGUGUGUGUGUGUGUGUGUGUGUAUAUAUAUAUAUACAUACAUACAUACAUAUACAUACAUACAUAUACAUACAUACAUACAUACAUACAUACAUACAUACAUACAUACAUACAUACAUACAUACAUACAUACAUACAUACAUACAUACAUACAUACAUACAUACAUACAUACAGUGGGGGGAAAAAAGUAUUUAGUCAGCCACCAAUUGUGCAAGUUCUCCCACUUAAAAAGAUGAGAGAGGCCUGUAAUUUUCAUCAUAGGUACACGUCAACUAUGACAGACAAAAUUAGAAAAAAAAAUCCAGAAAAUCGCAUUGUAGGAUUUUUAAUGAAUUUAUUUGCAAAUUAUGGUGGAAAAUAAGUAUUUGGUCAAUAACAAAAGUUUCUCAAUACUUUGUUAUAUACCCUUUGUUGGCAAUGACACAGGUCAAACGUUUUCUGUAAGUCUUCACAAGGUUUUCACACACUGUUGCUGGUAUUUUGGCCCAUUCCUCCAUGCAGAUCUCUAGAGCAGUGAUGUUUUGGGGCUGUCGCUGGGCCACACAGACUUUCAACUCCCUCCAAAGAUUUUCUAUGGGGUUGAGAUCUGGACACUGGCUAGGCCACUCCAGGACCUUGAAAUGCUUCUUACGAAGCCACUCCUUCAUUGCCCGGGCGGUGUGUUUGGGAUCAUUGUCAUGCUGAAAGACCCAGCCACGUUUCAUCUUCAAUGCCCUUGCUGAUGGAAGGAGGUUUUCACUCAAAAUCUCACGAUACAUGGCCCCAUUCAUUCUUUCCUUUACACGGAUCAGUCGUCCUGGUUCCUUUGCAGAAAAACAGCCCCAAAGCAUGAUGUUUCCACCCCCAUGCUUCACAGUAGGUAUGGUGUUCUUUGGAUGCAACUCAGCAUUCUUUGUCCUCCAAACACGACGAGUUGAGUUUUUACCAAAAAGGUCUAUUUUGGUUUCAUCUGACCAUAUGACAUUCUCCCAAUCCUCUUCUGGAUCAUCCAAAUGCACUCUAGCAAACUUCAGACGGGCCUGGACAUGUACUGGCUUAAGCAGGGGGACACGUCUGGCACUGCAGGAUUUGAGUCCCUGGCGGCGUAGUGUGUUACUGAUGGUAGGCUUUGUUACUUUGGUCCCAGCUCUCUGCAGGUCAUUCACUAGGUCCCCCCGUGUGGUUCUGGGAUUUUUGCUCACCGUUCUUGUGAUCAUUUUGACCCCACAGGGUGAGAUCUUGCGUGGAGCCCCAGAUCGAGGGAGAUUAUCAGUGGUCUUGUAUGUCUUCCAUUUCCUAAUAAUUGCUCCCACAGUUGAUUUCUUCAAACCAAGCUGCUUACCUAUUGCAGAUUCAGUCUUCCCAGCCUGGUGCAGGUCUACAAUUUUGUUUCUGGUGUCCUUUGACAGCUCUUUGGUCUUGGCCAUAGUGGAGUUUGGAGUGUGACUGUUUGAGGUUGUGGACAGGUGUCUUUUAUACUGAUAACAAGUUCAAACAGGUGCCAUUAAUACAGGUAACGAGUGGAGGACAGAGGAGCCUCUUAAAGAAGAAGUUACAGGUCUGUGAGAGCCAGAAAUCUUGCUUGUUUGUAGGUGACCAAAUACUUAUUUUCCACCAUAAUUUGCAAAUAAAUUCAUAAAAAAUCCUACAAUGUGAUUUUCUGGAUUGUUUUUUCUCUCAAUUUGUCUGUCAUAGUUGACGUGUACCUAUGAUGAAAAUUACAGGCCUCUCUCAUCUUUUUAAGUGGGAGAACUUGCACAAUUGGUGGCUGACUAAAUACUUUUUCCCCCCACUGUGUGUGUGUGUGUGUGUGUGUGUAUAUAUAUAUAUAUAUGUGUGUGUGUGUGUGUAUCUAAUGCUGCGCUAAACAAAGUCACUACAUAAGCAAGUUAUCAUAGUAAAAACAGUCAAUGUUCCCCAUUCCCCUGAUAGCCAGGCAGCUGCUCUGCAAGGGGAGAGGAGAGCAUUCAAGCUGGGUGAUAUCUUUCAGUCAACGGUAAAAUGACACUGUCAUUUUCACUAGCUGUAAUAACCUCAAAAUAUUUUACCAGUUGGCCAACAGUGCUUCAUAGGCCUACAUUUAAAACUAUAAGCUACAUCAACGAAAUAGUAGGAUGACUUUGAAAUAACUUUGAGUUGAUUCAAUUGCAACAUACAACAAAAUACUGUUCGAUUCCUGCGUUUAUUUCUCAAUUUACAGUGGUAUAAUUGUCAAUUUUCCCUCUGCUGAUAUUAUAUGCUUUUAGAUACCAUUUCCGGUUUGAUCUAGAAUCUCGGGAUACCCGGGAAAGGCUUGCAAUUUUCUGGGGAUUGUUUUUUUUUUUUGGGUGGGGGGGAACAUGAAUCCCUAACUCUGUUUGUUUCCAGGUCACAGAGGUUACAAUUUGACGUGUCGUCGCCCAAUGGUAUCCUGCUGUUCAGAGAAACCAGCAAGAUGAUCACCACCUAUGGUAAAACAUUUGUGUCCUAUUGCAACAGUUGCUAUUCACAGGAGCAUUGUGAUUGGCUGGUCAGCCACACAAUUUUAUGUUCAUUUCCUUGGUUCUCCCUCUCCCCUCCUCCAGGUAAUCGUAUCCUGACCAUUGGGGAGGUGCCUAAGGACCAGGUGUACAGUGUGAAGCUGAAAGGUGUCAGUGUAUGUUUCUCCAUGCUGAAGGCUGUGCUCUCUGGGAACUACGUCAAUUUCGGGGUGUUCCGUCUCUAUGGAGAUGACGCACUGGACAACGCACUACAAACCUUCAUCAAACUGCUGCUGUCAAUACCACACAGUGACCUGCUGGUAGAUACAUACACACACACACACACUCGCUCACUCAAUCCCUCACAGCUACCUUUUUCUCUGUAUAUUUACAAUGUUCAAUCUGACAAUGGUUGUUCCAGCACACUUACACCAUCUCUCCUGUCUUUUUCUCUCCCUCCCUCCCUCCCUCCCUCCAGGACUAUCCCAAGUUGAGCCAGUCGUUCUACAGUCUGUUGGAGGUGUUGACUCAGGAUCACAUGAACUUCAUUGCUUCUCUAGAGCCGCAUGUCGUCAUGUACAUACUGUCAUCUAUCUCCGAGGGACUCACUGCACUGGGUAAUAUAUAUACACACUGCACCACACAGCAUUGGGUAAUAAUAUACAGUGCCUUCAGAAAAUAUUUACACCCCUUGACUUUUUCCACAUUUUCUUGUUACAGCCUGAAUUUAAAAUGGAUUAAAUAGAGAUUUUUGGUCACUGGCCUACACACAAUACCCCCAUAAUGUCAAAGUGGAUGAUGUUUUUGAAAUGUUAACAAAUUAAUCAAAAAUGAAAAGCUGAAAUGUAUUGAGUCAAUAAGUAUUCAAACCUUUAUGGCAAGCCUAAAUAAGUUCAGGAGUAGAAAUGUGCUUAACAAGUCACAAUCAUUUGCAUGAUUUGAAUGACUACCUCAUCUCUGUACCCCACACAUACAAUUAUCUGUAAGGUCCCUCAGUCGAGCACUGUAUUUCAAACACAGAUUCAACCACAAACACCAGGGAGGUUUUCCAAUGUCUUGCAAAGAAGGGCACAUAUUGGUAGAUGGGUAAAAAAAAAAAAGCUGACAUUGAAUAUUCCUUUUGAGCAUGGUGAAGUUAUUAAUUACACUUUGGCUGGUGUAUCAAUACACCAAGGCACUACAAAGAUACAGGCGUCCUUCCUAACUUACAGAGUUUAAUGGCUGUGAUAGAACUGAGGAUGGGCCAACAACAGUCAGUUACUCCACAAUACUAACCUAGUUGACAGCGUGAAAAGAAGGAUGCCUGUACAGAAUAAAUAUAUUCCAAAACAUGCAUCCUGUGUGCAACAAGGCACUUAAGUAAUACUGCAAAAGAUGUAGCAAAGCAAUUAACUUUAUGUCCUGAAUACGAAGUGUAAUGUUUGGGGCAAAUCCAAUACAACACAUUACUGUGUACCACUCUCCAUAUUUUCAAGUAUAGUGGUGGCUGCGUUAUGGGUAUGCUUGUAAUCGUUAAGGACUGGGGAGAUUUUCAGGAUAAAAAAUAAACCUAAUGGAGCUACGCACAGGCAAAAUCCUAGAGGAAAACCUGUUUCAGUCUGCUUUCCACCAGACACUGGUAGAUGAAUUCACCUUUCAACAGGACAAUAACCUAAAACACAAGGCCAAAUCUACGCUGGAGUUUCUUACCAAGACAGUGAAUGUUCCUGAGUGACCAAGUUAGUUUUGACUUAAAUCUAAUUGAAAAUCUAUGGCAAGACCUGAACGGUUGUCUAGCAAUGAUCAACAACCAAUUUGAUAGAGUUUGAAGAAUAGAAUAAUGGGGCAAAUGUUGCACAAUCCAGGUGUGGAAAGCUCUUAGGGACUUACCCAGAAAGACUCAGCUGUAAUCGCUGCCAAAGGUGCUUCUACAAAGUAUUGACUCGGGUCUGAAUACUUCCGUAAAUUAGAUAUUUCAGUAUUUCAUUUUCUUUACAUUUGCUAAAAAAUCUGAACAUGUUUUUCACUUUGUCAUUAUAGGGUAUUGUGUGUAGAUAUGUAUAUGUGUGUGUAUCUAAUGCUGCGCUAAACUACAUAACUCGCUAAUCAUAGUAAAAACAGUCAAUCUUCCCCAUUCCCCUGAUAGCCAGGCAUCUGCUCUGCAAGGGGAGAGGAGAGCCUUCAAGCUGGGUGAUAUCUUUCAGUCGAAAUUGAGUUCAGGUGCAUCCUGUUUCCAUUCAUCAUCCUUCAGAUGUCUCUACAACUUGAUUGGAGUCCACCUGUGUCUCGGAGCUCUACGGACAAUUCCUUCGACCUCAUGGCUUGGGUUUUGCUCUGACAUGCACUGUCAACUGUGGGACCUUAUAUAGACAGGUGUGUGCCUUUCCAAACCAUGUCCAAUCAAUUGAAUUUACCACAGGUGGACUCCAAUCAAGUUGUAGAAACAUCUCAAGGAUGAUAAAUGGAAACAGGAUGCACCUGAACUCAAUUUCGAGUCUCAUAGCAAAGGGUCUGAAUACUUAUGUAAAUAAGGUAUUUAUGUUUUUUAUUUGUAAUACAUUUACAAAAAUUUCUAAAAACCUGUUUUCACUUUGUCAUUAUCGGGUAUUGUGUGUAGAUUGAUUAAAUUAUUUAUUUUUUCAUCAAUUUUAGAAUAAGGCUGUAACGUAAUAAAAUGUGGAAAUAGAGAAGGGGUCUGAAUACUUUCCGAGUGCACUGUGUGUGUGUGUGUGUGUGUGUGUGUGUGUGUGUGUGUGUGUGUACACACAGUACCAGUCAAAAGUUUGGACACCUAUUCAUUCAAGGGUUUUUCUUUAUUUUUUACUAUUUUCUACAUUGUAGAAUAAUAGUGAAGACAUCAAAACUAUAAAAUAACACAUGGAAUCAUGUAGUAACCAAAAAAGUGUUAAACAAAUCAGAAUAGAUUUUAUGUUAUAGAACUUAGAAAAAAUACACACACAUGCCACAUUGGGUCACAAACAAAACAUGGUUAAAUAUUGUAUUUUCUAUGGAAGUAAGAAUGUGUGACUAACGUUUGUGUUAUAGAUACCAUGGUGUGUACUGGGUGUUGUUCCAGUCUGGACCACAUUGUCACCUACCUAUUCAAACAGGUAACAACUGCCUCCAUGUAUAUCUAUAAUCUAUUCAUAUGAUCUUAUACCUGUAUGUUCUGUAUUGAUAUGAAUGUGAAUCAAAUGUAUUGUUAUUUCUAUUCAGCUGUCUCGCUCCACUAAGAAACGACCUGCAGCUAUGGCAACAGAUGACCGCUUCCUACACAUCAUGCAGCAACACCCAGAGAUGAUCCAACAGGUACAUACACACACACACAUUUACAUACAUACAUACAUACAGUGCAUUCGGAAAGUAUUCAGACCCCUUCACUUUUUCCACAUUUUGUUACGUUACAGCCUUAUUCUAAAAUGGAUUAAGUAAUUUAAAAAUCCUAAUCAAUCUACACACAAUACCCCAUAAUGACAAAAUGAAACAGGUUUUUAGACAUGUUUGCUAAUUUAUUCACACACAAAAAAAAAGAUCCCUUAUUUACAUAAUUAUUCAGACCAUUUGCUAUGAGACUCGAAAUUGAGGUCAUGUGCAUCCUGUUUCCAUUGAUCAUCCUUGAGAUGUUUCUACAACUUGAUUGGAGUCCACCUGUGGUAAAUUCAAUUGAUUGGACAUGAUUUUGGAAAGGCACACACCUGUCUAUAUAAGGUCCCACAGUUGACAGUGCAUGUCAGAGCAAAAACCAAGCCAUGAGGUCGAAGGAAUUGUCCGUAGAGCUCCGAGACAGGAUACCAACACGUUUCUGCAGCAUUGAAGGUCCCCAAGAACACUGUGGCCUCCAUCAUUCUUAAAUGGAAGAAGUUUGGAACAACCAAGACUCUUCUGAGAGCUGGCGCCCAGACAAACUGAGCAAUCGGGGGAGAAGGGCCUUGGUCAGGGAGGUGACCAAGAACCCAAUGGUCACUGACAGAGCUCCAGAGUACCUCUGUGGAGAUGGGAGAACCUUCCAGAAGGACAACCAUCUCUGCAGCACUCCACCAGUCAGGCCUUUAUGGUAGAACCACUCCUCAGUAAAAGGCACAUGACAGCCCGCUUGGAGUUUGCCAAAAGGCACCUAAAGGACUCUCAGACCAUGAAACCAGAUUCUCUGGUCUGAUGAAACCAAUAUUGAACUCUUUGGCCCGAAUGUAAAGCGUCACGUCUGAAGGGAACCUGGCACCAUCCCUACGGUGAAGUAUGGUGGUGGCAGCAUCGUGCUGUGGGGAUGUUUUUCAGCGGCAGGGACUGGGAGACUAGUCAGGAUCGAGGGAAAGAUGAAUGGAGCAAAUUACAGAGAGAUCCUUGAUGAAAACCUACUCCAGAGCGCUCAGGACCUCAGACUGGGGUGAAGGGUCACCUUCCAACAGGACAACGACUCUAAGCACACAGCCAAGACAACGCAGGAGUGGCUUUGGGACAAGUCUCUGAAUGUCCUUGAACGGCCCAGCCAGAGCCUGGACUUGAACCCCAUCUAACAUAUCUGGAGAGACCUGAAAAUAGCUGUGCAGCGACGCUCCCCAUCCAAUCUGACAGAGCUUGAGAGGAUCUGCAGAGAAGAAUAUGAGAAACUCCCCAAAUACAGGUGUGCCAAGCUUGUAGCGUCAUACCCAAGAAGACUCGAGGCUGUAAUCGCUGCCAAAGGUGCUUCAACAAAGUACUGCGUAAAUGGUCUGAAUACUUAUGUAAAUGGCAUAUUUAGUUUUUUUAUAUAUACAUUUACAAAAAUGUCUAAAAACCUGUUUUUGCUUUGUCAUGAUGGGAUAUUGUGUGUAUAGAUAAUUUUUUUUUUUUUAUAUAAAUAACUCAAUUUGGAAAAAGUCAAGGGGUCUGAAUACUUUCCGACUGCACUGUAAGUAGGCCAGUUGUAAAAUAAAUGUAAUUAGCCUAUUGCUGUCAUUUGUUGGGUAGCCUACAGUAUAGGCACUCACCUUUUUGUUGGUGUAAUAUAGGCUGUUCAAAACUUUUGUGACGGUUUAAAACAGUUUCUUUAAAUAUGCAACACGUAUUUUUUUCAUUCUGUUGAGCCAUUUGCUUUGGCCAAAUUAAGUUCCAACUGUAAUGUUUGCCGCAAUAUAAUGGAAUUACUAUGUUACUCGCACUCAAACCAUGAAAAGGAAAAACCAAGUAGACCGAGAUGAAAAAAUAAACGUAAUGUAAUGCCGCAAUAUACAGUGAGGGGAAAAAUGUAUUUGAUACCCUGCUGAUUUUGUACGUUUGCCCACUGACAAAGAAAUGAUCAGUCUAUAAUUGUAAUGGUAGGUUUAUUUGAAAAGUGAGAGACAGAAUAACAACAAAAAAAUCCAGAAAAACGCAUGUCAAAAAUUUUAUGAAUUGAUUUGCAUUUUAUUUGGGGAAAUAAGUAUUUGACCUCUCUGCAGAUGUUCUCCAAGUCAUUAAGGUUUCGAGGCUGACGUUUGGCAACUUGAACCUUCAGCUCCCUCCACAGAUGUUCUAUGGGAUUAAGGUCUGGAGACUGGCUAGGCCACUCCAGGACCUUAAUGUGCUUCUUCUUGAGCCACUCCUUUGUUGCCAUGGCCGUGUGUUUUGGGUCAUUGUCAUGCUGGAAUACCCAUCCAUGACCCAUUUUCAAUGCCCUGGCUGAGGGAAGGAGGUUCUCACCCAAGAUUUGACGGUACAUGGCCCCGUCCAUCGUCCCUUUUGAUGUGGUGAAGUUGUCCUGUCCCCUUAGCAGAAAAACACCCCCAAAGCAUAAUGUUUCCACCUCCAUGUUUGACGGUGGGGAUGGUGUUCUUGGGGUCAUAGGCAGCAUUCCUCCUCCUCCAAAGACGGCGAGUUGAGUUGAUGCCAAAGAGCUCCAUUUUGGUCUCAUCUGACCACACCACUUUCACCCAGUUCUCCUCUGAAUCAUUCAAUGUUCAUUGGCAAACUUCAGACGGGCCUGUAAAUGUGCUUUCUUGAGCAAGGGGACCUUGCGGGCGCUGCAGGAUUUCAGUCCUUCACGGCGUAGUGUGUUACCAAUUGUUUUCUUGGUGACUAUGGUCCCAGCUGCCUAGAGAUCAUUGACAAGAUCCUCCCAUGUAGUUCUGGGCUGAUUCCUCACCGUUCUCAUGGUCAUUGCAACUCCACAAGGUGAGAUCUUGCAUGGAGCCCCAGGCCGAGGGAGAUUGACAGUUCUUUUGUGUUUCUUCCAUUUGCGAAUAAUCACACCAACUGUUGUCACCUUCUCACCAAGCUGCUUGGCGAUGGUCUUGUAGCCCAUUCCAGCCUUGUGUAGGUCUACAAUCUUGUCCCUGACAUCCUUGGAGAGCUCUUUGGUCUUGGCCAUGGUUGAGAGUUUGGAAUCUGAUUGAUUGCUUCUGUAGACAGGUGUCUUUUUAUACAGGUAACAAACUGAGAUUAGGAGCACUCCCUUUAAAAGUGUGCUCCUAAUCUCAGCUCGUUACCUGUAUAAAAGACACCUGGGAGCCAGAAAUCUUUCUGAUUGAGAGGGGGUCAAAUACUUAUUUUACCUAAUUUAAAUGCAAAUCAAUUUAUAACAUUUUUGACAUGCAUUUUUCUGGAUUUUGUUGUUGUUGUUCUGUCUCUCACUGUUCAAAUAAACAUACCAUUACAAUUAUAGACUGAUGAUUUCUUUGUCAGUGGGCAAUUGUACAAAUACUUUUUUCCCUCACUGUAAUAUCCUGUUCAUAUUUUCCCUAUAAACAAUGGGUGUACUUACUUUUGAUAUUAAUAAAGUUUAGGAACUUUUGUGAAUGUUUGGUGUGUUUUGGCUAUGAUAGGCUUUAGCUACUGCAGGCCGGUGCAAACCGGUGCUCCAACUGACUCUGACAGUUACAUUUGAGGUGAGGAAGAAUGUUUUAGGCCUAUCAGAGUAACUCCUUUAAUCUAACAAUAUAAUGCUCAUCUUUAUCAAAAAUAUUCUGAUCGAAAUUAACGAUUUAGCCUCCUUCUGUACGCCAAUAUCUGUAUAGCAGUAGUAGACUAUCAGGGUCAGUUUGGGUCUGUGUUUCCACAGUCCUUUUUCUGAACGGGUCUGACUGUCCUCGGGUCCAUUCGGAACGGCUCUCCAUAAAAAAAUUACAAUGUUUUUAUGCAUAUCGGGUUGGGUGGGAAAGCCACGGGUCCAACUUUUUGGACCUGUGAAGACCUCUAGUGGGCACUAUUUUGUUUAUGAACUGUGCUGCAAAAGAAAGGUAGGCAAAUAGCCUCAUCACUGGACAGUGGGUAGCCUACUUUGAUUUUCUUUAUUUUGUAAGCCUUUUUUUAUGUCAUUCGAUUUUUUGUUUAAUAUGCAUUAGCCCACACAGGCAGUCGGCCUACAAGAUGUCCAUUUGUUUCACAUUUUGUUUUGUUUAAGCAAAACGAUAGGCUACAGUUCAAUAAGCCUUUUCAAAUGAAUAGGCCUAAAUGCUCAAGAAAAAAGUAAUUGUUCAAUAAAUUGUUGAAGUUCAAAAUACCUUAAUUGUACAGUGUAUUUUCACAAAAGUAUGUGCAAGGUGUCAGUUUAGGCCAGUGAUGGGCAACUUUGAUGGGGGUGGGGGCCACAGAGUUAAUUUCGUGCAAUUCUACCGAUUAUGACAGUGUUGGAGAGGAAAAUGUGCUGUUUUACAGUAAUUUCCUGCAAUUUCUACAAAUUGUUCCAAAGGGUGGUGAGCGACGUUUGCAGGUUGUAAUGUAAUGUAAUGUAAUAUAUAUAUAUAUAUAUAUAUAUAUAUAUAUAUAUAUAUAUAUAUACAUACAUACAUACAUACAUACAUACAUACAUACAUACAUACAUACAUACAUACAUACAUACAUACAUACAUACAUACAUACAUACAUACAUACAUACAUACAGUGGGGAAAAAAAGUAUUUAGUCAACCACCAAUUGUGCAAGUUCUCCCACUUAAAAAGAUGAGAGGCCUGUAAUUUUCAUCAUAGGUACACGUCAACUAUGACAGACAAAUUGAGGAAAAAAAAUCAAGAAAAUCACAUUGUAGGAUUUUUUAUGAAUUUAUUUGCAAAUUAUGGUGGAAAAUAAGUAUUUGGUCACCUACAAACAAGCAAGAGUUCUGGCUCUCACAGACCUGUAACUUCUUCUUUAAGAGGCUCCUCUGUCCUCCACUCGUUACCUGUAUUAAUGGCACCUGUUUGAACUUGUUAUCAGUAUAAAAGACACCUGUCCACAACCUCAAACAGUCACACUCCAAACUCCACUAUGGCCAAGACCAAAGAGCUGUCAAAGGACACCAGAAAUACAAUUGUAGACCUGCACCAGGCUGGGAAGACUGAGUCUGCAAUAGGUAAGCAGCUUGGUUUGAAGAAAUCAACUGUGGGAGCAAUUAUUAGGAAAUGGAAGACAUAUAAGACCACUGAUAAUCUCCCUCGAUCUGGGGCUCCACGCAAGAUCUCACCCCGUGGGGUCAAAAUGAUCACAAGAACGGUGAGCAAAAAUCCCAGAACCACACGGGGGGACCUAGUGAAUGACCUGCAGAGAGCUGGGACCAAAGUAACAAAGCCUACCAUCAGUAACACACUACGCCGCCAGGGACUCAAAUCCUGCAGUGCCAGACGUGUCCCCCUGCUUAAGCCUGUACAUGUCCAGGCCCGUCUGAAGUUUGCUAGAGUGCAUUUGGAUGAUCCAGAAGAGGAUUGGGAGAAUGUCAGAUGAAACCAAAAUAGAACUUUUUGGUAAAAACUCAACUCGUCGUGUUUGGAGGACAAAGAAUGCUGAGUUGCAUCCAAAGAACACCAUACCUACUGUGAAGCAUGGGGGUGGAAACAUCAUGCUUUGGGGCUGUUUUUCUGCAAAGGGACCUGGACGACUGAUCCGUGUAAAGGAAAGAAUUAAUGGGGCCAUGUAUCGUGAGAUUUUGAGUGAAAACCUCCUUCCAUCAGCAAGGGCAUUGAAGAUGAAACGUGGCUGGGUCUUUCAACAUGACAAUGAUCCCAAACACACCGCCCGGGCAACGAAGGAGUGGCUUCGUAAGAAGCAUUUCAAGGUCCUGGAGUGGCCUAGCCAGUGUCCAGAUCUCAACCCCAUAGAAAAUCUUUGGAGGGAGUUGAAAGUCCGUGUUGCCCAGCGACAGCCCCAAAACAUCACUGCUCUAGAGGAGAUCUGCAUGGAGGAAUGGGCCAAAAUACCAGCAACAGUGUGUGAAAACCUUGUGAAGACUUACAGAAAACGUUUGACCUGUGUCAUUGCCAACAAAGGGUAUAUAACAAAGUAUUGAGAAACUUUUGUUAUUGACCAAAUACUUAUUUUCCACCAUAAUUUGCAAAUAAAUUCAUAAAAAAUCCUACAAUGUGAUUUUCUGGAUUUUUUUUUCUAAUUUUGUCUGUCAUAGUUGACGUGUACCUAUGAUGAAAAUUACAGGCCUCUCUCAUCUUUUUAAGUGGGAGAACUUGCACAAUUGGUGGCUGACUAAAUACUUUUUUCCCCCACUGUACAUACAGUGGGGAGAACAAGUAUUUGAUACACUGCCGAUUUUGCAAGUUUUCCUACUUACAAAGCAUGUAGAGGUCUGUAAUUUUUAUCAUAGGUACACUUCAACUGUGAGAGACGGAAUUUUUUAAAAUAUUUUAUUUAUUUAACCAGGUAAGCCAGUUGAGAACAAGUUCUCAUUUACAACUGCGACCUGGCCAAGAUAAAGCAAAGCAGUGCGAUUUAAAAACAACAACCCAGAGUUACAUAUGGGGUAAACAAAACAAAGUCAAAAAUACAACAGAAAAUAUAUAUACAGUGUGUGCGAAUGUAGUAAGUAAUGGAGGUAAGGCAAUAAAUAGGCCAUAGUGCAAAAUAGUUACAAUUUUGUAUAACACUGGAAUGAUAGAUGUGCAAAAGAUGAUGUGCAAAUAGAGAUACUGGGGUGCAAAUUAGCAAAAUAAAUAACAAUAUGGGGAUGAGGUAGUUGGGUGGGCUAAUUUCAGAAAGGCUGUGUACAGGUGCAGUGAUCGGUAAGCUGCUCUGACAACUGAUGCUUAAAGUUAGUGAGGGAGAUAAGUGUCUCCAGCUUCAGAGAUUUUUGCAGUUCGUUCCAGUCAUUGGCAGCAGAGAACUGGAAGGAAUGGCGGCCAAAGGAGGUGUUUGCUUUGGGGAUGACCAGUGAGAUAUACCUGCUGGAGCGCAGACUACGGGUGGGUGUUGCUAUGGUGACCAGUGAGCUAAGAUAAGACAGGGAUUUGCCUAGCAGUGAUUUAUAGAUGACCUGGAGCCAGUGGGUUUGGCGACGAAUAUGUAGUUAGGGCCAGCCAACAAGAGCGUACAGGUCACAAUGGUGGGUAGUAUAUGGGGCUUUGACAAAACGGAUGGCACUGUGAUAGACUACAUCCAAUUUGCUGAGUAGAGUGUUGGAGGCUAUUCUGUAAAUGACAUCGCCGAAGUCAAGGAUCGGUAGGAUAGUCAGUUUUAUGAGGGCAUGUUUGGCAGCAUGAGUGAAGGAGGCUUUGUUGCAAAAUAGGAAUAAGAUUCUAGAUCUAACUUUUGAUUGGAGAUGUUUAAUGUGAGUCUGGAAGGAGAGUUUACAGUCUAACCAGACACCUAGGUAUUUGUAGUUGUCCACAUACUCUAGGUCAGACCAGCCGAGAGUAGUGAUUCUAGUCGGGUGUGCGGGUGCAAGCAGCGUUCGGUUGAAGAGCAUGCAUUUAGUUUUACUAGUGUUUUUAAGAGCAGUUGGAGGCUACGGAAGGAGUGUUGUAUGGCGUUGAAGCUCGUUUGGAGGUUUGUUAACACAGUGUCCAAUGAAGGGCCAGAUGGUGUCGUCCGCAUAGAGGUGGAUCCGAGCGUCACCAGCAGCAAGAGCGACAUCAUUGAUAUACACAGAGAAUAGAGUCGGCCCGAGAAUUAAACCCUGUGGCACCCCCAUAGAGACGGCCAGAGGUCCAGACAACAGGCCCUCCGAUUUGACACAUUGAACUCUAUCUGAGAAGUAGUUGGUGAACCAGGCGAGGCAGUCAUUAGAGAAACCAAAGCAUGGGCAAGUUGCAGCGGAGGGUGCAGAGCUGGUGGCCGGGGUAGUGGUAGCCAGGUGGAAAGCAUGGCCAGCCGUAGCAAAAUGCUUGUUGAAAUUCUCGAUUAUUGUAGUUUUAUCGGUGGUGACAGUGUUUCCUAGCCUCAGUUCAGUGGGCAGUUGGGAGGAGGUGCUCUUAUUUUCCAUGGACUUUAGAGUGUCCCAAAAGCUAGCCUUUGCUUUCCUAACUGAUUGUUUAUAUUGGUUCCUGACUUCCCUAAAAAGUUGCAUAUCGCGGGGGCUGUUCGAUGCUAAUGCAGUACGCCACAGGAUGUUUUUGUGCUGGUCAAGGGCAGUCAAGUCUGAGGAGAACCAGGGGCUAUCUAAAACAAAAGUCCAGAAAAUCACAUUGUAUGAUUUUUAAGUAAUUCAUUUGCAUUUUAUUGCAUGACAUAAGUAUUUGUACCAACCAGUAAGAAUUCCGGCUCUCACAGACCUGUUAGUUUUUCUUUAAGAAGCCCUCCUGUUCUCCACUCAUUACCUGUAUUAACUGCACCUGUUUGAACUCGUUACCUGUAUAAAAGACACCUGUCCACACACUCAAUCAAACAGACUCCAACCUCUCCACAAUGGCCAAAAAGACCAGAGAGCUGUGUAAGGACAUCAGGAAUGGGCUACAGGACAAUAGGCAAGCAGCUUGGUGAGAAGGCAACAACUGUUGGCGCAAUUAUUAGAAAAUGGAAGAAGUUCAAGAUGACGGUCAAUCACCCUCGGUCUGGGGCUCCAUGCAAGAUCUCACCUCGUGGGGCAUCAAUGAUCAUGAGGAAGGUGAGGGAUCAGCCCAGAACUACACGGCAGGACCUGGUCAAUGACCUGAAGAGAGCUGGGACCACAGUCUCAAAGAAAACCAUUAGUAACACACUACGCCGUCAUGGAUUAAAAUCCUGCAGCGCACGCAAGGUCCCCCUGCUCAAGCCAUCGCAUGUCCAGGCCCGUCUGAAGUUUGCCAAUGACCAUCUGGAUGAGCCAGAGGAGGAAUGGGAGAAGGUCAUGUGGUCUGAUGAGACAAAAAUACAGCUUUUUGGUCUAAACUCCACUCGCCGUGUUUGGAGGAAGAAGAAGGAUGAGUACAACCCCAAGAACACCAUCCCAACCGUGAAGCAUGGAGGUGGAAACAUCAUUCUUUGCGGAUGCUUUUCUGCAAAGGGGACAGGACGACUGCACCGUAUUGAGGGGAGGAUGGAUGGGGCCAUGUAUCGCGAGAUCUUGGCCAACAACCGCCUUCCCUCAGUAAGAGCAUUGAAGAUGGGUCGUGGCUGGGUCUUCCAGCAUGACAACGACCCGAAACACACAGCCAGGGCAACUAAGGAGUGGCUCCGUGAGUAGCAUCUCAAGGUCCUGGAGUGGCCUAGCCAGUCUCCAGACCUGAACCCAAUAGAAAAUCUUUGGAGGGAGCUGAAAGUCCGUAUUGCCCAGCGACAGCCCCGAAACCUGAAGGAUCUGGAGAAGGUCUGUAUGGAGGAGUGGGCCAAAAUCCCUGCUGCAGUGUGUGCAAACCUGGUCAAGACCUACAGGAAACGUAUGAUCUCUGUAAUUGCAAACAAAGGUUUCUGUACCAAAUAUUAAGUUCCGCUUUUCUGAUGUAUCAAAUACUUAUGUCAUGCAAUAAAAUGCAAAUUAAUUACUUAAAAAUCAUACAAAGUGAUUCUGGAUUUUUGUUUUAGAUUCCGUCUCUCACAGUUGAAGUGUACCAAUGAUAAAAAUUACAGACCUCUACAUGCUUUGUAAGUAGGAAAACCUGCAAAAUCGUCAGUGUAUCAAAUACUUGUUCUCCCCACUGUGUGUUUGUGUAUGUGUGUGUGUGUGUGUGUGUGUGUGUGUAUAUGUAUAUAUAUAUAUAUAUUUCAGCCACACCUGUUGCUGACAGGUGUAUAAAAUCGAGCACACCAGCCAUGCAAUCUUCAUAGACAAACAUUGGCAGUAGAAUGGCCUUACUGAAGAGCUCUGUGAGUUCCUACAAAAAAAAAUGAUCAGAGCGGGCUGCCAGUUGCCCAUCUCUGGUUUAGGCUAUUGUUUGCCAUUUUUUGUUUUAGCAAAACAUUAGGCUACUGUUCAAUAGGCAUAAUUAUUCAAUAAAUACAUUUUGAAUAAAAACGUCAUUGUUGAAGAGACAAAAAGGGAACUAACUGUACAGUGCAUUUUCUAUAUUUGCGGGUUUGGGUCAGGUGCGUGCCUCAGAAUUUCACUAUCACAUAGCCAGGCGGUUAUGGAUGGGUUAUUAGUAAUUGCGGCUGGGUGCUGGUGAACAAACCGCUGACCCGCGCAUCACUAACACAAACAAACAAUAAUCAAUAUGUGUGUUUGUCCUACAGAUGUUGUCCACGGUGUUGAACAUCAUCAUCUUUGAGGACUGCAGGAACCAGUGGUCCAUGUCCAGACCUCUACUGGGCCUCAUCCUGCUCAACGAGAAGGUACAGGUACACAACCACAACCACACACCCAUUAUCCCACCACUCCCUGGAAGACAUGUGCAGGGGUUAAAGGAUUUUCGUCAUAUUGAUUCUGGAGAGGCCAUUUUUUUUAGAUCCGCAAUAAAAAUCUCCGGGGGGCUUGUUUGAAGAUUACAUGGCCUAAAUCAGAAGCCUGUCUGUUCUACGAAAUAUAUUCCCAUUUUUUAUCUGUUAUGUUGUGUGCACUGAACUGACAUGCAUACACUGAGUUUACAAAACAUUAUGAACACCUGCUCAUUCCAUGAGACUGACCAGGUGAUUCCUAUUGAUAUCACCUGUUAAAUCUACUUCAAUCAGUGUAGAUGAAGGGGAGGAGACCGGUUAAAGAAUGAUUUUUAAGCCUUGGGACAGUUGAGACAUGGAUUGUGUAUGUGUGCAUGGGCAAGACAAAAUAUUUAAGUGCCUUUGAACGGGGUAUGGUAGUAGGUGCCAGGCGCACCGGUUUGAAUGUGUCAAGAACUGCAACGCUGCUGGGUUUUUCACGCUCUACAGUUUCCCGUGAAUCAAGAAUGGUCCACCACCCAAAUGACAUCCAGACAACUUUGGGAAGCAUUGGCGUCAAUCCAGCAUCCCUGUGGGCCAGCAUCCCUGUGGAACGCUUUCGACACCUUGUAGAGGCAUGCCCCGAUGAAUUGAGGCUGUUCUGAGGGCAAAAGGGGGUGCAACUAAAUAUUAGGAAGGGGUUUCUAAUGUUUUGGCCUUUGUUUAAAAAAAUGGGGAUCCCAGUUCUCCAUUGCUACCACCAUACUACGUUUAUUUCUCUACUCCUUCAAUUGCGCGAGUGGAAUCGUUUUAUAAAUGCAGUUGCAACCAGAGUUUCAAGCAUGAUUUAGGUGCAGCUGCACAACAGAGCUCUUAAAGGGACAAUGGCUUCUUAAAAUUGCAAUCACGUACUUUGUAAUAGAAACCCCCCUAAAAACAUUUUAGGAAGGGAAUCAUAUAAUUAUUUAUAAUAAAUAAUAAAUCAGGAGGUUGUGUCCAAUGGGGUAAAUGCAGAAGGACAAACCCAUGCUUCAGCCUAUGUACAUUUUAUAGCCACUAUGCUGCAUCAGUUGGGCUACAGGUGAUCAUGCUUAUUGCUAAUAGCACAUCUGAUAAUAUAGACCAGGCUGUAUGUAUGGUCCAAAAUGUUAAAGUAAUUGUUUUAAUGUUUACCAAUAUGUUAUUUGGCUCAUUUCUGGAGGUGGAAAUUAUAUUUUAGAUGGUGUCAUUAUUCUUCAUUCAUUUUGGAGUAGAAUGUAUUUUUAAAAAGUCUAAGCUUCUGUCCUACAUAAAAAAUUAUCCCGGGGAAGACCCCAGACCCCCUAAGCAAGUUUAAUACAUGUUCAAAAUUAACCCCUUUCCCUAAAAGCAUGAUCCCCUAAAAGCAUGAUGCUAAUGACUUUCUUACAUGAAAGGGGAGGUUAACCUGGCCCCAAACAAUCAAUCUGAAAUCGACUUAAAUUUCAGUCAUGGGAUUUUUUUUGUUGCUUUAAUCCCUGCAUGUGGCAAUUGUUACUGAGUGGACUGUCCUGGCUAAAAAAGGAAAAAAACCUGACACAGCCUCUACCUGUGUGUAUAUAUCUCAAUUUAUGCAGUAUUUUGCAGAUCAGAGAAACUGAAUUUUUGUCUGUGUGUGUAGUAUUUUGCAGACCUGAGAAACAGUAUUGUGAACAGCCAGCCUCCAGAGAAGCAGCAGGCCAUGCAUCUCUGCUUUGAGAACCUGAUGGAGGGGAUAGAACGCAACCUGCUAACCAAGAACAGAGACAGGUACACACAAUCCCAGCCACCCUCUAUCCACACAUGAUAACUGUGUGCGCUGACUGUGUGUGCAGUAACUGUGUGUUAACUCUCUCUGUAUUAAUUUGUGCAGGUUCACCCAGAAUCUGUCGGUGUUCCGGAGGGAGGUGAACGACAGCAUGAAGAACUCUUCUUACGGAGUCAACAGCAAUGACAUGAUGAGCUGA